CUGAUAUGUUGGUCGAAAACUCUGCAGUGUCCAGACUUUAUUUGUCCAAAGCCAAUACUCCCCCGGAGGGUGGGGAAGACAAGGGACGGGUGACGUCACGCAGGAGCAGAGAUAAAGUGGAGUUCCUGAAGCUGGGAGGGGGAGAAAAACCUUCUUAAGGGCUUAAAGGGUGUGCAGCCCUGUCCAGCAAAGACACUGCUGACAGGACCAUUAGUCCUACAGCUCAACCUCCAGUAACUCUCACUGAGCUAAGGACAAGAGAACAGCAACUCUCAGAAAAGCUGCUGCACAAUGCCACAGAACGUUAUUCUCCCAGGACCUGCGCCUUGGGGAUUCAGACUGUCAGGCGGGAUAGAUUUUAACCAGCCUUUAAUCAUAACCAGGCUGUAUGGUUUUCAGAUUACUCCAGGAAGCAAGGCUUCAACAGCUAAUUUGUGUCCUGGUGAUGUUAUCCUGGCUAUUGAUGGCUACAAUACAGAAAACAUGACUCACAAUGAUGCACAGGAGAGAAUUAAAGCAGCAUCACAUCAGCUUUGCCUCAAAAUUCAAAGGGCAGAAACUAAAUUGUGGUCUCCACAAGUUUCAGAAGAUGGCAAACAACAUCCCUUCAAAAUAAACUUGGAAGCUGAACCACAGGAUAUGGGAUACUUUGAGCACAAGCAUAAUAUUCGUCCCAAACCUUUCGUAGUCUCAGGCCUAAGCAGUGGAUGCAAUACUCCUUGCGGUAUUGAUGGUAGCAGUGGACGUAGCACUCCCUCUUCUGUUAGUACUGUUAGUACUAUUUGCCCAACAGAGCUGAAAGCUGCAUCUAAGAUGGCCCCUAACAUUCCCUUGGAAAUGGAGCUUCCUGGUGUCAAGAUUGUACAUGCUCAGUUUAAUACACCUCUGCAGCUGUACUCAGAUGACAAUAUUAUGGAAACACUACAGGGCCAGGUUUCUACAGCUCUGGGGGAAACUCCAUUAAUGAGUGAACCAGUACCCACCUCAGUGCCUCAGUCUGAUGUGUACAGGAUGCUGCAUGACAAUCAAGAGGGGCACAGCCAACCUCGUCAAUCUGGCUCCUUUAAGGUGCUCCAGGACUUAGUCUCCGAAGAUUCUGAAGGACGUCCUACGGGUAUAAGAAGCGUGAAAGCACCAGUAACAAAGAUUCCUACUGGUACAGGAAGCGUACAAAAGGUGCCAUUAUGUGACAGAUGUGGAAAUGGCAUUGUUGGUACCGUGGUGAAGGCACGUGAUAAGUACCGGCACCCAGAAUGCUUUGUGUGCUCCGACUGCAGUAUCAACCUGAAACAAAAGGGCUACUUCUUUGUGGAGGGACAGUUAUACUGUGAAACCCAUGCAAGAGCCCGCAUGAGGCCACCAGAGGGAUAUGAAGCAGUUACUGUUUAUCCAAAGUGUUAGUCUUAUGCUAACACAUACGUGCAUGCAAACAAAAAGAUAUGAACAGCUUAGAGCAGCAGUGCCACUUGCUGAACUUAACUGCCUGAAUCUAAGUAGCAGCUUUUAAAUAUUUUCUUUUGUGGAGGGUGGGAAGGGGUCAGAAUGAGGCAGAAAUCCCUAUCAGCUAGCAGUAGCCUAGAUACCAAUACUAUUUUGAAAAAGUGUUGUUCUUUGAAGCUGCCAAUGUAAUCAAAUGGGGUAUAAACCAAUAAAGUUUUAUAUGCCAAACUGUAUGGGGUUAAAAUAACUUUGGAGCAGUGGAGCUCUUGUAUGAGGAAUACAAGAUAAUUGAGAUGUUAUUUUUGUUCAGAAUUUGUUUCAACAUGAACCAAAUGUUUGCACAAAUAUUUUAGUAAAUUUUGGAGCCUGAUGCCAAUAUAAGCUGAACUCCUGUAUCUCCAAGCUCUUAAAGGGCCAAUCCACUAAAAAAAAGGAGUUUGCAUUUAUACUGCCAAACAGCUGUUGUUCACAUCUGCUGUACACAUACCUAUCAGUAAAGGAAUCUGCAUUAAGCAUUUGGUGAAUGCUCAAGAAAAUACUCAACAACUUUUCAAACAUGUACAUGCCUCAAUGCAUGUGCACUUUUUCUCGUAGCUGAUGUAAGUAAUUAAUAUCUUUCAGGGCAUACACGCAAGUCAGGCUUUUGUAUGCAGAUACGGGUAUGUGUAGGUUAAUAACUCUGCAUGCAUCUGAAGAACUAUGUGCCUCUAACAGUGGGUGUAAAAGUCCAUGAACUCUUAAGUGUGCACCAGCUGAAGAAAUUGGGCCCAGUGGUGUAACAAGCUGGGAUUGCAUCCUGGGCAACCCCUGUAGAAGAGGGGAGGAUGCCACAGUCACAAGAGCAGGGUGCUCUGCCCGCCCUAGCUCUUGCCUUUGCUCUUUCAACAGCAGCAGGGUGUCCAUGCACCAGCUGCUGCUGCAAGAGCAAUGCUAUGGGGCUGCUCUUGCUGCUGGGGUACAGCCUCAGCAGGUGCUCCUCCUAAGUCAGCGCCCGGGGUUGGUGCCCAUCUCACCCACCCCAAGUUACGCUGCUGAUUGGGCCAUAGCAUUUAUAGUUAGUAUCAGCCAUAAAAAUGUAUUUUAAUGGAAUUUAUUAUAAAAAAAAAAUGUUGCAUCAACCAUAUAAACCUA